AUGUCGUACGUAAGCUACGAAGAGGCCCGGAAACAGCCCAGCUCGAGGCCCAAUGGCAAGAUUGUCUGCGAUGAUGGCCGACCUACGUUUAUGGAAAAUCCGUUCCGUGGAGACGUUCUUGACUACCUUCAAUUUUCCAAGCUCGGUCUUGAAGACAACGACACUGAACAAUCAACGAAUCCGUCCGGCUCCACCAGUGUCUCGGAAGGCGGCGAUGCUGUUCAUCAAAAGCUGAUGGAUUUCGAUACGCUGGUCCUGGGACCAGUCGAGGUUCUGCGCCUUUGGCAAAUAUUUCUGGAACGCGUCAACCCCAUGAUCAAGGUCGUCCACGUCCCUAGCCUGGAACCUCUCGUCUUCGAAGCAGCAACGGACCGCUUCAACCUGAGCCCGGACCUAGAGGCGCUACUCUGCUCCAUCAACGUCGUCGCAAUCAUGGCCCUGUCCGAAGCCGAAUCAACGCAGAUGCUCAAUGUCGAAAAGCCAAAGGCGUUGCGCAAUUCCAUGUUUACCCUAAAGAAAGCAAUGUCCAAAGUGGACAUUUUACGAAAGUAUAACAUGACCACUCUGCAAUGCUUAGUGUUGUACUUGGUCUCUCUCCAGGGACAAUUCGAUCGCCAUGCCGCUUGGGUUCUGACCGGCAUGCUCGUCAGGAUAGCGCAGAGGAUGGGCCUUCAUCGCGACGGAGACCUCAUAGGCCUACAACCCUUCGAGACCGAGAUGCGUCGUAGGAUCUGGUGGCAGAUCAUAAUGCUGGAGACCAAAUACGCCAUCCUCGCCGGGUUCGGCGACACGCUGCUCCCGCUCAACUGGGACACGAAACUGCCAUCAAAUGUCAACGACGCCGAUCUUCUACCCGGGUCGAUGGAGCCAGUAAAGUCCCGCGACGGCGCAACCGAGAUGGCCUUCUGCCUUAUGCACUAUGAGUCGCGGGCCUUUUUCUGCGACAACCCCAUGCCCGAAUUCGAAGCAGUGGUCCUGAGCGGGGAGAGAGUCAGCCCCGAAGACUCGAAAAAGUUCUCCGGUCAACCGCUCGACAAGUACCGACUCCUCGUCGACCAGUACGACGAGAGGCUAGCGGCCGCAGAACGGCGGUUCUGCAACCCGACCAUCGGCGGCAUCCACAUCGUGGCGAGCAAGAUCCGCUCCUUUACCGCACAGAAGCUCCGCGACAUGAUUAUGCACGCGCGGGAGCCCGGGGACGACAACAAGGACGGCGGGGCCAGCCAGCAGUCCUUUUUCCGGGCGUGGGUGAUUUCCUUUGAGAGCGACGUCAGCUGGUACGAUACGAUUGACGACAAGUUUCUCUGGUACCUCAAGCUGCAUUUCCAGUCCGACGCCUUCUCCGUCAUGAUUGAGCUCCUGCAGUGGCAGCCCGUCGGCACGCUGGUGGACAGGGCGUGGCGGGCGAUUGACCGGCUGUACCACCACCACCCGGAAAUGUACGACGUGAGCAAAAAGGACAAUAUGCAGCGCGCGGAGAACUUGCUGGCCGGCUGGACGAGGCGGGAGCUCGCGUUUCGCAACGUGGGCAUGUCGUGCGACACGCCGCUCGUCGUGGCGCGGUUCCGGAGCAACGAGAUCUUCAAGGAGAGACAACCGGGGGGCGGCGUCCCUGUCGAUCAGUGGCUGGCGCCGACGCCGGAUACGGCGUUCUUUUCCGAUUUCAGUCCUGCCGACUUUGAGACGUUUGACGGCGGUAUGCCUGGAGAUUUGCAUGGUUCGAGUUUUGGUCUUUGGGGUGGAGGGGGGCCGGGACAGCAUGCUUUAUGA